UUUUGUGAAUUCUAUGAGAAAAAUCGUAUUGCAAUGUUAUCAAAGGAACAAAUUGUCGAUUUAGCUGAACGAUUUUCAUCGAUUAAUGAGAAUGGCCAAGGAACGAUUUCAAUUAACGAUAUUCAAGAAGCGUUAAAAAUAACUGGUAUUGAUUUACCUGGCUUUCAGAUUCGUGAAUUAACGAAACGUUAUGUUGGCAAAGAAAAUGUAAGUUUUAAUGAUUUUGAAAAUCUAUUUGAAGAAUUACGAAUUCAAAAAGAUCAAGAAGUUAAUCGAUGGAAAGAACGUAUUGGUUCUGUAACAGGUGCUUACACUGUUAAAGGCCUUUCUGAACAAAGCAAUGAAGAAAUUGUGCAUACAAUUCGAGUAGAGGAAGAAGUCGCAUUUUCAAAUUGGGUAAAUAGUAAUCUACUUGCCGAUAUAGAUCUCAAAAAUUUGUUGCCUGUUAAGACCGAAAAUGGUGAUCUUUAUAGUAAAGUUCAAGAUGGAUUAAUAAUAUGCAAACUGAUUAAUCUUGCCGUUCCUGAUACGAUUGAUGAGCGAGCGUUAAAUAAAAAAGUCUUAAAUACUUAUACAAAGCUGGAAAAUCUUAUGCUAGCAUUGAUGUCAGCACAAGCAAUUGGCUGUAAUAUCGUAAAUAUUGAUGCGGAUGAUCUCAGUAAAGGCAAACCACAUCUCGUUCUUGGCCUAUUGUGGCAGAUUAUUCGAAUUGGAUUAUUUAACCAAAUCGAUUUGCGACAUGUGCCUGGAUUGUUUCGAUUAUUGCAAGAAGAUGAAACUCUUGAUGAUUUAAGAAAGUUAUCACCAGAACAGAUUCUCAUGCGUUGGGUGAAUUAUCAUUUAGAAAAGGCUGGAGUGAACAGACGAUUGAUGAAUUUCACGAGUGAUGUAACUGAUUCUGAAAUUUAUACUUAUCUAUUGCAUCAAAUCGCACCAAGAUCAGCAGGCGUUACACUUAAUCCACUUAAUGUUCAAGGAAAUCUUAUGAGAGCUUCUGCUAUGCUAGGCGAAGCAGAUAAAUUAGAAUGUCGAGAGUUCGUUACUCCAAAUGACGUUGUACAAGGAAAUUAUAAAUUAAAUUUGGCUUUUGUGGCUAAUCUUUUUAAUAAACACCCUGGAUUACCAGAACCAGGAGCAGAUGAAAUUAGCGAAAUUGAUGUCGUUGAGGAGACACGUGAAGAGAAGACGUAUCGAAAUUGGAUGAACAGUAUGGGCGUUAAUCCUUAUGUUAAUUGGCUUUAUAGUGAUUUAACAAAUGGUUGUAUUAUUUUCCAGCUCUAUGAUGUUAUUCGACCGGGUUUUGUCAAUUGGAAGCGAGUUGUUACAAAAUUCUCGAAAUUAAAAGGUAUGAUGGACCAGAUUCAAAAUUGCAAUUACGCUGUAGAGCUGGGUAAACAGUUGAAAUUUUCAUUAGUUGGUAUUCAAGGCAAGGAUAUCUAUGACGGAAAUCAAACGCUUACUUUAGCUCUUGUUUGGCAGUUAAUGCGUGCUUAUACUCUGACUGUCUUGGCGCAAUGUACUGAUAGUGGUGAUGCACUAGCAACUGAUAAAGAAAUUAUAGCCUGGGUUAAUAAAAAGCUUUCAUUUUCCAACAAGUCAUCCCAGAUUAAAAGUUUCCAAGAUCCAACCAUAUCGGACGCACGUGUUGUUAUCGACUUAAUUGAUGCAAUUAAACCAGGAAUAAUUGAUUAUUCUUUAGUGCGGAGUGGUAAUAUUGAAGCAAAUUUCGCUAAUGCAAAAUAUGCGAUCACAUCGGGUCGUAAAAUUGGUGCAAAAAUAUAUGCGUUACCAGAGGAUAUUGUCGAGGUGAAACCACGUAUGGUAAUGACUGUAUUCGCAUGUCUAAUGGCUUGUGGUUAUAUGCCAAAUAUGAAAGAAAUAUCUGAACCUAUUCGACCUCUUCUAAAUCAUUAA